UUCGGUAUUGUGAAAGCGGCCGAGGAGUCCGAGUAUGCACCCGCCGGAUGACAACCCCUCGCUGGACGGGAGCGGCAAGCCACGAGUUACAGAGGACGAUUCCCCCGUGCGUGCCUGUAUCUGUGUCUCAGGAUAGCUUCGAUCUCGACGAUCUUUUACCAAUCGUCGGAGAGUUUGGCCGCUAUCAGAAGCAACUCCUCUGGUUCGUGUGUCUGCCGGCCUGUCUGCCCUGUGGAUUUUGCGCCUUUAAUCAACUCUUCAUGGCAGACACGCCGCCUCACUGGUGCAAAGUCCCCGGACUCGAGGGGCUGGAUCCUUCCGGAAGGAGACGACUCGCUAUUCCCAAUGAGGAUGCCAAUGGAACGUUCAGCCAGUGCACGAGGUACGACGUCGACUGGACCGAUCCUGGGAUGACGACGGUGGAUCAACCUCUGGAACCGAAUUCAUCCUGGCCCGUGGUACCUUGCGAUCAUGGCUGGGAAUACGACAUGUCCGAGGUUGUCUCUUCGAUCGUGGUUGACUUUGAUCUUGUGUGCGAGCACGCAAUCUACCCAACCGUAGGAUUGGUAGCACUGAACACCGGUGGACCGAUCGGCGUCUACCUGUUCGGGACGCUCAACGACAGAAUAGGGCGAAGACUCUCGUUUUUCACGUGCUUGGCGACGCUGAUAACCGGGGGCUUCCUCACUUCAAUCUCAAACAGCUUCUGGACUUGGGCUGCCACGCGGAUGAUUGUCGGACUGACGAUUCCCGCGAUCUAUCAGAUACCAUUCAUCAUCUCUUUGGAACUAGUCGGCCCGAAUUACAGGUCAUUCGUCACCGUGAUGACUUGCACCUUCUAUACGAUGGGACUGUGCAUGCUAGCUGGAGUGACCUAUCUCAUACGCGACUGGAAGACCCUGGCUAUCACUACCAGCGCGCCAUUUCUUCUCUACUUUCUCUACUGGUGGUUCUUGCCAGAGUCGCCAAGGUGGCUGCUGGCGAAAGGACGCUUGGAGGAGGCAAGUCUAAUUCUAGAAAGACUUGCCCACGUUAACGGCAAGGAAUUGCCGUCAUCCUUUACGCAAAAGCUGCGACAACGGAUGACAAUGUCGAGAACGAAAAGUGAGGAGGAAAGACUCCGCAAUGGACCGGGAGUCUUGUCGCUUUUCAAGACGCCAAAUAUGCGACUCAAGACGUGUCUCAUAACCUUGAACUGGUUCGCCAACAAUAUGGUUUACGUAGGUCUGUCGUACUAUGGCCCGGCACUGGGUAACGAGGAACACUUGAGCUUCUUCUUCUCUUCCUUUGCCGAAAUACCAAGUUACUUGGCCUGUUGGAUCGUCAUGGACCGGUGGGGACGUCGCUGGCCCCUUUGCCUAUGUAUGGUACUCGCUGGCGUCUCCUGUAUAGCCACAGUUCUCCUGCCCUCUGACGCUGUCAUUGCUACAUUGAUACUGUUUUUACUCUCAAAGUCGGCCAUAUCAGCUUCCUUUCUGAUCAUCUAUCCAUUCGCGGGCGAACUCUAUCCCACGCAAUUGCGCGGUGUCGCCAUUGGAUUCUCAGCAUAUAUCAGCGGCUUGGGACUCAUUAUUAUACCAUUUGUCACUUAUCUAGGAAGAGACAACUUGGUAUUGCCUCUGGUGAUACUCGGUGUAGUAUCUGUAAUCGGUGGAUUGUCAGGUUUGCGAUUGCCAGAAACAUUGCACCAUCGUUUACCGCAGACCGUGGAGGAGGGCGAACUCUUCGGGAAGGACUGGACGUGUGCGGAUUGCAUACGCUGCGUCCCAGCAAAACCCUCCUCGGCGACGACUUCGUACGAGGAUCUGUCGGCGCGCGACACAGUGGAGAUGCACGAAGUUCCGGAAGAACCUCGACCAGAGGAGCAACGUUCUGCAGCUAGUGUUCGACGUCUCGUUCGUCAAUCAAGCGUAAUGGAUACUCAAAGAGAUUCAGACGGUUCCAUAAAAAUGACGUACUGGUUUUAGGAUAAUAUAGGUGGAGCUCGAAUAAAAUGAUUCGUUCCCAGAG